AUGGAGGUGGAAGAGAAGUCGAGCAUCACUCUGAGGUUUAAGCCCCAAGAACUCCCUGAGCUCACGCAUUCUGCUCCAAAGGUGCCUCCUGUUCCCAUAGUUGUCCAAACUGGAGACACCCCUCGACAAUUCUCCAGCCUAAAUCUGCUGUGCCCUCAGGAGCCCAGGAAGAACAGUAUAUCUUCCAACCAGCUGGUUGGUAAACAUAUACCAGCAUUGCCGAACCUGGCUGUGCACGCAGGACUUUGGGAAAAGGAGUGCUGCUGUGCAGUGCCAGCUCGGUCCCUGCCAAGCUCAGAUUCCCGCUUCCUGACGGCUCUGUCCCAUGGCAGGAACCGUGCUUCCUCCACCUGGGACUUUGCCCAGAAGUGCAGUUUGGCUCUGACAGAAUUACAGCAGCAUCUCUUGCUUAAGGAAAAAAUUAUUUCAAAAUCUUACAAGGCUUUAAUGAACCUGUUUCAAGGGAAAGAUGAUAGUACAUCAAGUGCAGAGGAGGAAUGUCGUCUUUGUGGUGAAGAAGAAAAUCCUGUCUAUACCUUUGAUGAAAAGUUAUCAGAUAAUUUUCAAGAUUCAGAACAGCUGGUAGAGAAGAUAUGGUAUCGUGUAAUAGAAGAUAGCUUGGUUGUUGGAGUGAAAACCACAUCUUCUUUGAAGGUGUUCCUGAAUCAUGUGACUUUAUCGCUGUCAAUGGAUCAAGCCCCUAACUCCAGCUUUCCGCUCAUUAAGUGUCAAAAUAGGGUGAUCAAGUUGAGUAGGAAAUCUUCCCCAGUACCAGGCUCAGUGCCAUAUGAAAUAGGAUCAGAGGUAAAAAAAAUCAAGUUGAGUGUUGAUAGUGAGGAAGAGGAAGAGAAAGAGGAAAGCAUUGUUUGUGUACAACCAUCUGAGAAAGAGUAUGUGCAGAUGAUUACUGCUGUAACAUCUCUUUCACCACUUUUAGCAUUCAGUAAUUUUUGUUGCAUUGUGCUGCUACAAAUUAGAGAGAGAGAGAAUGGUAACCAUUCUGCAACUCGUUAUGUUCAGUGUGGCAGAAUUUUUUCAAGUCUAGAAGAUCUUUCAAGUGGGAAAUACCUGCUGACAUUUCCAAAGAAGAAACCUAUAGAACACAUGGAAGAUCUCUUUGCGCUUCUUGCGGCCUGGCAGAGAGCUUGUUUUCAAAUCAUAUCACCCAGCUAUGCUCUGACUUCAAUGAAGGUGUGGCUCUUAGAACACAUGGAAUGUGAAGUUAUCAAAGAAUUUCCAGAAAUUUGCUUUUGCAAAAGGCCAGGAAGUUUCUAUGGGACACUCUUCAACUGGAAACAAAGAACACCAUUUGAAGGGAUUUUAAUAGUCUAUUCCAGGAAUCAAACAGUUUUGUUCCAGUGCCUUCAUAAUCUCAGCAGAGUUCUCCCUAUAAACAGUUUCUUCAAAUAUCUAAAAUUAGGAAGUGAGGAUUUCCUAAUUGGUCAUUUGGCAUUAGCUUUGGAGAAGGAAUUUGUUACGCUUGGUUCUUUUUCUUCUGCCUUAGUUAAGGUUGAAAGCAACUUGGUGCAGAGUUGUGAAGCAAGCAAGAGUAGUGGUGAUGUGGCUGCCUUAUCAGACAUAGAGGAAAGCAUCCAUCCCUACAGAAAAGAACUUCAGAGAGAAAAGAAGCAAAUGUUGGGGACGAACCUAAAAGUGAGUGGUGCCCUUUACAGAGAAAUGACUUUGAAAUUAGCUGAGGUUCAGCUGAAAUCAGACCUUGCUGCCCAGAAAGUGACUGAUUUAUAA